AUGGGCGCCUUGGUCGUCGAUCUGCCAGGCGACGUGCUGGUGGCCAUCCUCGUCCUCCUGCCAACCCGCUCCAUCGCGCACUGCCGCAAAGUGUGCAGGGCCUGGCGCUCCGCCAUCUCCCACCCGAGCUUCGACGCUGCCCACGCCCAACACCAGGCCGCCGUCGCUGCCCACGCCCAACGCCCGGCCGCCGUCGUCAAGGUGACGGAUUAUCACGAAGGACAUUUUUCCGGAAAAACCACCAACAUCGACUUCGAAUUGUUCCGCGGCCGGUGGCACCCCGGUAAUGUUCACAGAAAGCCGGCGAGGCCCCGGACUAUCAUCCUCCCGGCCACCGCGUGUUCGGUCCGCGCUCGCGGUUCUUGGGGCGGGGUGGUGUGCAUAGAGCUUCGUUUCUGGUGGACCAUGGAGUGGCUCCCGGUCGACGAUCCUCCGCCUCCUCCCUAUCCCUACCCUCCCGCCGGCAAGUACGUGCUCUGGAACCCGGUCUCAAAGGCCUGCGCCGCCGUCUCUCCGCCAGCCGACGGCGGCGAGAUCAUGGGCGGCUACUCCCACCCUUCGACGGGGCGGUUCCACCUCGUGCACGCCUCUGGCGAAACUGGAGUCGAUCGCCUGAUUGCUCCGACCAACUUCCGGAUCUUAAGGGUCGGACUAGACGCUGUCUGGCGCGAGAUUCCCCUCAAGGGAGAGACGAAGAUAUCCAUGGCCGGACACCAAGCCCGCUGCGUCAGGUCACACGGCAACCUGCACUGGCUGGUGCUGUGGGGGUCGGAAUCAGCGCUGCGGCUGCUCACGUUCGACACGACAAGGGAGAAGUUCCGUGUAAUGGAGGCGCCACCGAGACGGAGACGUCGGGAGGGAGACGAAGACGACCUAACAAGGGCUCGGCUGGGCGUGCUAUCCGGCGGCGAGCUCUGCACGUUCAUCGUCGAGCCGUCGACGAGCACCAUGGCCGUGUGGGUGCUCGACGACUACAUGAAACCUAGCAUCUGGCGGCUCAAGGAGCGGAUCAGCCUGGUCUCGAGGGACAAGUCCGACUUGUCACGCAGCUUCUCCAUGGACACCGAGGUGGAGGUGGUAGAGGGCGUACGGGAAGGCGAGGAGAUCUUCCUCCACCACAACGACGGGACCAGCCGGAUCGACGCCUACAACCUCGGACGCAAGGAGUGGCGCAUCGUCAACUUUGCCCCGUGGGCUUUUAUGUUGAUGCACAGGGAAAGCAUUCUGCCGCACCGGGUGAGCUUUGGCGACGCGCCGUGGGCUCUUUCUCGGACGGACGACCGGUACAGGCACAAUCUACAAGCUAGCCUUUGCAUCCCACCACGGCAAGCAAGUUAA